AUGAAUCAAUAGUCAAGAUUGGCUGGUGACUUUAUCAAUCAAAGAACUAAUUUGUUGGCUUAAAAACUCAGAGAAUCAGGUGAAGAUUCCAGAUUGGAAGAAUAUCUGAGAUAAAAACUGAUUGAAUGUAGAUGGAGGGAUGAUCUAAAGGAUUACUGUAAAGAAGUCAUAAGAUAAAAAGGACUCGAGAAAAUAACAAUUGAAGAAUUGACAGAUAUGUUAUAUGUUAGAGGUUAAGCCACAAUUCCUAAUAAAGUAAAGGAGGACCUAUUAUCAAGACUUAGAUAAUUCUUUGAUGAGAAUUAAAUAUGAAUUGUUAACUCGUUGCUAUAACAUCUAUUAAAUAGAAUUUUUGAUUUAUAGACUUAUAUCAGUUGACAUUUGAUUUAAAUUCA